GAAAUUUUGUCCAGAACUGUUGUUCGAACAAAAUCCUGCAAUUUUGCCAACUAUUUAUGAUUUGAAUGUUUCAUACGUAACGUCAAAAUUCAUGUAAAUGUAAUCAAUAUCCUUGAAGAUUUCAUUUUAAUGGGAAUUGGAUUAGCAGGAUGGAGAAGCAUCAAUUUCGAGGAGAGGAAGGUAAAAGUGAUGUGAAGGUGAAGAAACAGCCAUUUCAUGAACAAGAAAAGAUUAUUUUAGAAAAACAGCAGUUUCAAGAGCAAUAUCAACCUAGUCAAUUAAGUUUAUUAGGAGUAUUAGCAUCAACUGUAGGAGUAACUGUUCUUCUGGUUCUGUUAUGCAAAUAACAAGUAAUGAAGCCUCUUAAAAUUGUAAUUUCUUUGGAUUAUAUUAAAUAACU